UGCUCUAUUGUAGAGUGAUGAAUAGUUGCAGUGUGUUGUGACUUUUCUCGCAGGCGGGUUGGUAUGUGCCCGUUAUGGAAGGAAGAGGGAGGUGAAAGUUCACCAUGGCUUGGACAUAUCAGGUGACAAUUUGGAAAAGUUGGGCCGCCUCCGCAGUUAAAAUUUCACAGACUUGGAAAAUGACAUGCGAGGGAGCGAAAUACAACGAGGAAGACGGAGAGGACGAUGCGUUUGCAUUUGAUUAUUACGAUGAUGACUUCGAUGCAUUCACAGAUGGAGACGGAGACUCCGGCUGCCAUGAAGGGGUGCUGGGCUUCAGAGACCCUUUCAGCAGUGAGGUGAAGCCUCGUAUCUUGCUCAUGGGACUGCGGCGCAGUGGCAAGUCCUCCAUCCAGAAGGUGGUGUUCCACAAGAUGUCCCCCAACGAGACUCUCUUCCUGGAGAGCACAAAUAAGAUAUGUCGAGAGGACGUUUCCAACAGCUCUUUCGUCAGCUUCCAGAUCUGGGACUUUCCUGGUCAGAUUGAUUUCUUCGACCCCACUUUCGACUAUGAGAUGAUAUUCCGUGGUACAGGAGCACUCAUUUUCGUCAUUGACUCACAGAUGUUACAGGAUGACUAUGUUGAGGCUCUGAGAAGACUUCACCUUACCGUGACUCGGGCCUACAAGGUAAACCCGGACAUUAACUUUGAGGUGUUCAUCCAUAAAGUGGAUGGGCUGUCCGAUGAUCACAAGAUUGAGAAACAGCGGGACAUACACAAACGUGCCAACGAUGACUUGUCGGACGCUGGCUUAGAGAGGAUACAUUUAAGCUUCUACCUGACAAGUAUCUACGAUCACUCCAUUUUUGAAGCCUUCAGUAAAGUCGUGCAGAAGCUCAUUCCUCAGCUCCCAACCUUGGAGAAUCUACUCAACAUUUUUAUAUCUAAUUCAGGGAUCGAAAAAGCCUUUCUGUUCGAUGUGGUCAGUAAGAUCUACAUCGCCACAGACAGUAGUCCGGUGGACAUGCAGACAUAUGAGCUAUGCUGUGACAUGAUAGACGUGGUCAUCGACAUCUCCUGCAUCUACGGGUUAAGUGGAGAUGAGGCUGGGUCCCCCUAUGAUAAAGAAUCCAUGGCCAUCAUUCACUUGAACAACACCACGGUGAUGUACCUGAAAGAGGUCACCAAAUUCCUGGCACUUGUCUGCUUCCUCAGGGAAGAAAGCUUUGAGAGGAAAGGCCUUAUUGACUACAACUUUCACUGUUUCAAGAAGGCCAUUGAGGAAGUGUUCGAUGUGCGUUUGAAAGUGCAAAGAAAUCGCAAGCUCCUGAGCCAAAGGAGGUGGAGCAAACUGACCAUGCCAAACAGAACCCACUCGGAGCACCACUGAAGCUGAUGGCCCUAGACGUCAUCACCGCCACAACUGUUACUGGUCAUGACAGAACAUCAAAGAGAAGUGACCUUACACAAGGGCUACCUGCUGCUUCAUAAAAAGCCAAGACAAAUUAUUCUCAAUUUAGACCCUCACACAACAGACUUAAUUCCCUGUAUAUUGGCAACACAAAAGGCACAGACUUGGAGUCGUAAAUGCUAUUACUUUUUAGCUUGUGAAAUAUUGUUACAGCAAAGUUCUAGCAGGAAGUUGAAUGUUGAGAGUGUUUAAAAUGUCUGUUUGCACAAAACUGCUUUUCUAGUUAACAAAUUGGCGUUUAAUUUUCAGAGCUCAUCGUUUCUAUCCUUUCUGUGAACUGCUGUAAUUAUGCCCAUGAAGGGUUUCAUUUAUUUAGGUCACUGACUUGUCUGUUGGUAGUAAGUCAAGGCAGGAAGAUGCGUGACCUGAGGGGCUCCUUCACUUUAAAUGAGUGGUGGGAAAUUCCUUGCCUUUAAUCCUGUUUGCUAUUGGGGGGGGUAAAUGACAGUAGAUUUUUUAAAUUUAUUUUGCCUCUUGUAAUAAAAGUGCUUUAAAAUGUUACAUAAAAUGAAAUUAAAUUAAUUGCAAACUUAACUUAUCUUUGCAUGUGUAAUGAAAGCAAUGUGUGAAUUUACACUUCACCUUAGUCCUCUUAACUUUGGUCAUUUUGUCCCAGUGUCUGUUAUACAAGCCUGUUUUAUACUCAAUCUCCAGGACUGCUUAUGGGUACUAAGGCUUUGUGAUUGAUUAUACAUCAGAAUCGGGUUUAUUCUCAGUUUUGUUUUUUUUUUGUUUUUAUAUUGUAAUUUGUUUAUAUAAAAACAAAUUACAAUUUUUUAAAUAGCCAUUGUUAUGCUUAAAGGUUAGAUGCUUUCUUGGAAAAAGUAGCAUCUUUUUCUGUUCCAUCAGCAGCAAGUGUAAGUGCUACUUCUGAAUCUGCAGACCUACUACCUCCUCUCCUGUCAACACAUUUACGCCACUGUCCUCCAACACAAUGACUUGUAACCUUUAGCCAAAUCAUCAUCAGUUCAUGGACUACUGGAGCAAAACACCUCAACCCUGGGGACUUGGAUGCCACUGUGCCCCGUUCUUAGCUGUUGCAUCAUCAGAUACGGUUCAAUAGACAGUGUGCGAUGAGCAUUGAUAAGCAAGUUGCCGGGGGAGAGAGAAUGUCGGCGAGAAUCCCAGUGGAAUCUUUCGCUUCAGCACGAGAGCUUGAGAGGCAGGAGCUGGGGUCCGCAAGCCACUCCUCGCCGGAUAGACUACGAGGCAACUGCAGGGUGUUAUGCAAAACGGUCUCUUGUUUGGAUUUGUAAUCCCCAGAAGAGGGCCAACUCAUAGGCCAAUGGAGCCAUCUCUGUGUGAGGGCGUGUCUGUUACCCUGUGUGUUGUUGUAACGUAGGGGGGAGGCCAUCGGAGUGGGGCAACUAUUUUCGUCUCUCCUCCUCCCUUUUCAUUUCCCCAUGACUAGUUGCAUCGUUAUACAAAAUUUAUCUUUGUAGGAGCAUUUCCAAACUGAUUUUGCAUACACUGUAUAAACAAGAGUGAGCCUUUCCUUUAUAUUUCACCCUUUGCAAAACCAUAACAUCACUAUGUUUAUCAAACAGCAUUUUAUAUGAAGUGUUUUGCAGUGAGCUGGGUUUGAUGAAGGCUGUCACAGUGGUUUAAAUUGCAAAACUAUGGUCUCCUCACAUUAAGUAGCUGUGUGUUCAAUCUAUGUUUGCUUCCUCCCCGAUCAUCAUCUCAUACAAACUGUUGUAUGCCAGGAGCUGAUUAAGUAGCCAUUAUUGUUUAAGUGUACAAGCAUGGUUUAGAGCAGCUACCUCUACUGGAUUGUUAAUUAAGCAUAGCCCUGCAGGAAUGACCUCUGCCUUUUGUGCUGGUUUGUGUGAUGCUGAUGUGACAAAGGGUGAAGCUUGCUGCAUAAAAUCACUAGGAUUAGGGUUAAGGUUAGGGUUAAUCCUAACCCUCACCCUAGUGAGGUCCAUUACCACCAGGAUCCUCAAAGUCCAGCUUCAGUGUCCAAAUGUUCACUACAAACACUGCAGAAAUUCUCUAUGUACAAGUCCUGGGUAAAGGUUGAAAAGUGGAGUAUAUGCGACUCCUUGAAGCAGCUCUAGUAACAAAUGGACAAGCAUAAUCAGUUCCUCGGUCACAAGCUCUAAAAGACUUAAGAGAAAGUACAUCUGUUUGUCUGUAAUGCCACACACAACUCAUGUUCAUCUGCUCUUUAUGUGUAAGGAACUCCCCCAACACACAAUCCCCUAGUGCUCUUAUUCCAGAAUCCCUACCCAUCCUUUGGGUCUGAAAUAUAUCAUUACCUGUCAGUUACCUGUUAAAAGGUUGUACUCAUGUUUAAAAUGUCUUACAAUAUUCAAGCUUUCAGUAUGACAAUAUAUCCUAUAUUUUGAAUUAAUUGGACAAUGCAAUAAGAAUGCUUUGCAGGUUCCCCUGUAAAAUGUAUUUUUGCUAUUUCUAUGCUUAUUACAAUUUUCAAACUUCAUGACACUGAUAUUCAGACUAACAUGGGAGAAACCUUGUUUUUUGCAACUGAAAAAUAAUGUCAUAUAAGCUGUGAUCAUUGAUUCAGCUUCUGUUUUGUGGCUGUCAUGAGCUACCAGAAAUGUUCUGUCAUGCUGGUGAAUUUAAAGAGUUCAUACCUUAAGGUUAAAAGUUAAAAUCAACAGAUGGUUUAGUAUCAGAAUGCAUGAACACACUUAUGGCUGAGAUUACUGUUUGAACUGUUAGCAUUGCCCAUAUUUUUCACAUGCAUUAAAACAUGUCACGUGCAGUUUUAU